AUGAGUUACCCGGUGGACUCGAUAGGAAGUCCCUUCAGAAGAGCUAUGGAUACUAGGACGACCAACUACGGCUACAGCCGCUCCGCCACCCCCUCCAGCGGCUUCCGCUCCCAGUCCCAGUCCCAGUCCUGGUCCCGAUCGAGCCCCGGCUCCACCGUGUCCUACAAGAGGAGCGUGAACAUGCCGGUGUCCCGCGGCUACAGCUCCACUGACAGCGGUGAUUACAGCCAGACCUCCAUCCUGAACGGAGAGUACAAGCGAUCUAACGAGAAGGAGCAGCUCCAGGGGCUCAACGACCGCUUCGUGGUCUACAUCGACAAGGUGCAUUACCUGGAGACCCAGAACCAGCAGAUCGAGGCGGAGAUCCAGGCGCUGCGGCAGAAGCAGGUGUCCCGCUCCCAGCUGGGAGACCUGUACGACGAGGAGCUGCAGGAGCUGCGGUCCGUGCUGGAGCAGAUCCACCACGACAAGGCGCAGAUCCAGAUCGACACCGACCACAUCGAGGAGGACAUCCACCGGCUCAGGGACCGCUUCGACGAGGAGGCUCGCAUCCGGGAGGAGACCGAGGCCAUCAUCCGCGUCCUGAAGAAGGACAUGGGCGACUCGGAGUUGGUGAAGUCCGAGUUGGAGAAGAAAGUUCAGUCGCUGCAGGAUGAGAUCGCCUUCAUCCGCAACAACCACGAAGAGGAGGUGAGCGACCUGAUCGCGCAGAUCGAGGCUUCCCAGGUGACCAUGGAGAGGAAGGACCUGCAGAAGACCGACAUCACCGAGGCGCUGCGGGAGAUCCGCUGCGAGCUGGAGGGUCACUCCAACCAGAACCUGCAGCAGGUGGAGAACUGGUUCAUGUGCCGCUACUCCAAGCUCACCGACGCCGCGGAGCAGAACAAGGACGCCAUCAAGUCCGCCCGGGACGAGAUCUCCGACCACCGCCGCCAGCUGCAGUCCAAGACCGUGGAGCUGGAGUCCGUGCGCGGGACCAGGGACUCGCUGGAGCGGCAGCUGAACGACAUCGAGGACCGACACAACAGCGACCUGUCCAGCCUGCAGGAGACGAUUCACCAGCUGGAUAAUGAGCUCAAGAGCACCAAGUGGGAGAUGGCUCGUCACCUGCGCGAGUACCAGGACCUCCUCAAUGUCAAGAUGGCCCUUGACAUUGAGAUUGCUGCAUACAGGAAACUCCUCGAGGGUGAGGAGACCCACUUCAGCACUUUCCCUUAUCGCCAGCCGAUCACUCCCGCCAAAAUCUCCAAGCCCAAAUCGGAAUCCUCCAAGCUGAAGGUGCAGCACAAGUUUGUGGAAGAGAUCAUCGAGGAGACCAGGGUGGAGGAUGACAAGUCCGACCUGGAUGAGGCCCUGGCUGAGAUAGCACAGGAGCUGUCAGCCACGCUCGGAGGGGGAGGAGAGGAAGAGGAGGAUGAAGAGGAGAAGGAUGGUGGAGAGAAUGAGGAAGCAGAGGGUGAGGAUGAAGAGGGUGAAGUAGAUGGAGGAGAGGUAGGACAAGAGGAGGAAGUUGUUAGCGCCACUGAAGCUAAAGUGAGCUCCAGCGCACCCGAUAAGGGGGAAGAGGAUGAGGAAGAAGAAGAUGAGGCAAAGGGUGGCGAUGAGGGAGAAGGUGGAGAGGAAGGAGAGAAGGAAGAAGAAGGUGAGGGAGAUGAUGAGGGAGAAAAGGGGGAUGAUGCAGAGGGAGAAGGAGAAGAGGGAGGAGAGGAGGAAGAGGUUGAGGAGACAGUUCUGUGCUCCAAAGCUCCUGAGUCUAAAGCCUCUCCUGACAAAGAGAAGGAUGGAGAGAAGGAGAGCAGCGGAGGAGAGGAGGAAGCAGCGGAGGACGCUGGUGCUGAAGAGGAGGGUGAUGAUAAGGAUGAUGACAAAGCAUCCAAAAGCGGAGACGAGAAAGAGGAAAAAGAGGAUUCAGAAAAAAGCAAAAAGGAAGACGAGAAGAAAGUAAAAGAUGAGAAAGCAGAUGACAAGACAGAAAAAGAGUCCCCUAAAGCUGAAUCUCCCAAAGUUGAAUCCCCAAAAGCUGAAUCCCCAAAAGCUGGAUCCCCUAAAGCUGAAUCUCCCAAAGCUGAAUCCCCAAAAGCUGAAUCUCCAAAAGCUGAAUCCCCAAAAGCUGAAUCCCCAAAACCUGAAUCCCCAAGAGCUGAAUCCCCAAAAGCUGAAUCCCCAAAACCUGAAUCCCCAAGAGCUGAAUCCCCAAAAGCUGAAUCCCCAAAACCUGAACCCUCCAAACCUGAAUCCCUUAAGACCGAGAAGCCCGACGCUCCUAAGCCUGCUGAAGAGAAACCCGAGAAAAAGAGCGACUCAACAGAAGACAAGAAGGUAGAAAAGACCGAUGUUGCCAUGAACGGCGAUUUGGACAAGAGCCCAGAAGAGGAAGUGAAGAAAGACGAGGGCCAGGAAGACGACGCGCUCGCUAACGGCGUGGACGACGUCAAUAAGGACGACCCCAGCCAGAAGGUGGUGAUCACCAAGACCGUGGAGACCAUCACCACCGGCGAGGACGGCUCCAAGCACGUCACCAAGUCCGUCACCGUGACCGAGACGGUGAAGGAGGUAGAAGAGAUGGUGCAGGAGACAGUGGUGGCCACCAAGAAGACGGAGAAGCACUCCACACAGUCGGUCAAGGAGGUGACCGAGGGCAACUGA